GAUGAAAUAAUUCGUAUUGCUAAGCUUCGAGGUGUAUCGAUGAUUCACCCGGGCUAUGGAUUUCUUUCUGAAAAUGCGGAGUUUGCCAGGAAGGUAGAGGAAGCUGGAAUUGCUUUCGUUGGUCCUUCUCCGGACGUUAUUGAGAAAAUGGGUGAUAAAACAAAAGCUAGAGAAAUUGCAAUCCAGUGCGGUGUUCCGGUAGUUCCUGGUAGUGACGGACCCAUCUCAGAAUUAUCCGAAGUCGAAAAAUUUGCGUCUCAAUAUGGAUAUCCCAUUAUCAUUAAAGCCGCGAUGGGAGGCGGUGGUCGUGGUAUGCGAGUUGUCCGUGAUGCAUCAUCCUUGGCCGAUUCUUUUGAACGAGCAAAGUCCGAGGCACUGGCGGCCUUUGGCGAUGGUACAGUCUUUGUAGAACGAUUUUUGGAUAAACCAAGGCAUAUCGAAGUCCAAUUAUUGGCCGACGGAGCCGGAAACGUGAUUCACCUGUUUGAACGUGACUGUUCAGUUCAGAGACGCCAUCAGAAAGUAGUCGAAGUUGCUCCGGCUGUUAAUCUUGAGAGUUCAGUUCGUGAUGCCAUCCUUGCCGAUGCGAUUAAACUAGCGAAAUCUUCGGGUUAUCGAAACGCUGGUACCGCCGAGUUCCUUGUUGAUCAACAGAAUAGACAUUAUUUCAUUGAGAUAAACCCAAGGAUUCAAGUUGAACACACCAUAACAGAGGAGAUCACGGGCAUUGACAUAGUUGCCGCUCAAAUCCAAAUCGCUGGUGGUGCACUCCUAAACCAUUUGUCACUUGUGCAAAACAGAAUACAGACGCGAGGUUAUGCGAUCCAGUGUCGUAUUACGACUGAGGAUCCCUCGGCAAACUUCCAACCAGAUACGGGAAAAAUCGAGGUGUAUCGAUCAUCCGGUGGAAAUGGUGUUCGCCUGGACGGAGGUGCUGGAUAUGUCGGCGCAGUGAUUACACCGCAUUACGAUUCGUUAUUAGUCAAGGUUACAUGCAGAGGACAGACAUUCGAGUUCGCCAGGCGAAAGGUCCUCAGAGCUAUAAUCGAAUUCAGAAUUAGAGGUGUAAAAACAAAUCUUCCAUUCUUACAGCGUUUGCUGACGCACGAUACAUUUAUCGCUGGAAAUGUUUGGACAACUUUCAUCGAUGACACACCGGAACUUUUCAGGUUAGUGGGCAGCAAGAAUCGCGCCCAAAAAAUUCUCAAGUACUUGGGCGAUGUUAUCGUGAACGGGAGCAGUAUUAAAGGUCAAAUUGGUGAGCCUUCUUAUAAGUUACCGAUUACUUUACCAUCAAUUCGAUCUUUGGCUGGCCCCGAACCAGUAGAUGUACGUCACUCGCCAGAAUAUGGAUGGCGGCAUAUACUAACCGAACAGGGACCUGAGGCAUUUGCCAAGGCUGUUCGCGAUUAUGACGGGGUAUUGAUCAUGGAUACGACGUGGAGAGAUGCUCAUCAAAGUUUACUGGCAACCCGAGCCAAAUUGCGUGAAUUAGUUCCAAACAUUCCUUUCCAAAUGCUUCUUCGAGGGGCAAAUGCGGUUGGUUAUACGUCAUAUCCGGACAAUGUUAUCUACGAGUUUUGUAGAAAGGCAAAGGAAUAUGGAAUGGACAUUUUCCGUAUCUUUGAUUCCCUCAACUAUAUUGAAAACAUGAAAUUGGGCAUAGACGCCGUGAAGAAGGCAGGGGGUGUGGUAGAGGCAGCUAUUUGCUACACCGGCGAUGUGUCGAACCCCAAUAAGAAGAAGCAUAAUUUGGAUUACUACCUAAACCUGACUGAACAAUUGGUGAAUGAAGGAAUUCACGUGUUAGCAAUUAAAGACAUGGCCGGCUUAUUAAAACCCGAUGCAGCAAGGAUGUUGAUUGGUUCCAUCAGGAAGAGAUGGCCUUCUUUGCCAAUUCAUGUGCAUACUCAUGAUACUGCCGGUACAGGCGUUGCCAGCAUGUUGGCAGCCGCUGAGGCAGGCGCUGAUAUAAUUGACUUGGCCAUUGAUAGCAUGUCCGGCGUCACCUCACAACCGUCAAUGGGCGCCGUUGUGUCAGCCCUCGAAAACUCCGAUCGUAGUACUGGCAUUCGGCUUGAGGAUGUGCACGCAUUAAAUGGAUAUUGGGAGCAGGCACGCAAAUUGUAUAGCUGUUUUGAGGCUGGAGUGUUGGCGGCUGAUUCUUCGGUAUAUGAACAUGAAAUGCCUGGAGGACAGUAUACGAAUCUCAUGUUCCAAGCAUCACAACUGGGUCUCGGCAAACAAUGGAAGGAAAUCAAAAAAUCAUACUAUGAAGCCAACAAGCUUUGUGGAGACAUCAUAAAAGUUACACCUAGUUCAAAGGUGGUCGGAGAUCUUGCGCAAUUCCUUGUGACCAACAAGCUUUCGUAUGAUGAUGUCAUUGCGAAGGCACAAACAUUGUCAUUUCCUGUGUCAGUCGUAGAAUAUUUCCAAGGCUAUUUAGGCCAACCAUACGGAGGGUUUCCCGAGCCUCUCCGCACACACAUCAUUCGUGACUUACCUAGAAUAGAAGGUCGACCCGGAGUAACUUUGGAACCAUUAGAUUUUACCAAGUUAAAAUCCGAGCUAGUAGCCAAAUAUGGACGUUCGAUCAGAGAUGUGGAUGUGUUGUCUGCUGCCUUGUACCCGAAGGUCUUUGCUGACUACCGUGAAAUGCUAGAGAAAUUUGGAGACGUAUCGAUAAUUCCUACCAGAUACUUCAUAUGCAAACCGGAUAAUGGAGAAGAAUUUUCCAUUGCUCUUGAGGAAGGUGUCGCAUUGAUCAUCAAAUAUUUGGCAGUUGGGCCGUUGAAUGUCGGUAACGGAAAACGAGAAGUAUUCUUUGAAUUAAAUGGAGAGGCAAGAGCUGUUGGUGUUGAUGAUAGAACUGCCGCUAUUGAAACGGUUCACCGAAUAAAGGCGGACCCCAGUAAGCCCGGGGAAAUUGGAGCACCCAUGGCUGGCGUUGUAAUUGAGAUCAGGGCCAAAGAGGGAGCUGAAAUAAAGGCCGGAGAUCCUAUAUGCGUACUUUCCGCAAUGAAGAUGGAGACUGUAGUCACGUCGUCGGUCUCGGGCAAAGUUGAACACGUGGAGAUCAAAGAAAAUGAUUCUUUAUCGGCAGGAGAUUUGAUUGUCAAGAUAGUCAAAGAAUAA